UCAUAAUCUGUGAGAGUCAGAAAUCUGAAUCAAAACAGCAGCAAACCCGCAGCAGAAAUUUUAAACUCCUAUUUACUUAAUAACUAAGAUAAGAAAUUUAUUAUAAUUUACGUGUAAUUUUACAAAUACCAUUUAAUAAUGGGUUCCUGGACAUUGUUAUUAGUUUCAUUCUUUUUCAUUAGCCUCAUUGAAAAUGUCGCUCCUGUAGCAGGUUCUACUUAUGAAUACGAUGCAGACGUUUUUAAAUUACAAAUAAAGGAGUUAGAUGGAAAUUUCAUAAUGUUUUACGCGCCUUGGUGCCGACAUUGUACAGAAUUUGAGCCUAUUUGGAUCGAAUUAGGAGAGUUAAUCAACACAAAAGACUCACAAUUCGCUAUCGCUCAAGUGGAUUGUACAAAAUAUCACAAGCUAUGUCAUGAUAAUGAUAUUACAGGAUAUCCCACAUUGCUGUACUUCCACAAGAACUCAUUUACUCCAAUUGAAUACAAGGGGACUAGAGACCUCCCUUCCUUAACUUUAUUUUUAAGUGAAGUAUUCACAAUGAAAGAAGAGAUCAAACAAGAAAAGCCAGAUAAAGAAGUGAAAGUAUAUAGUGGAAUGGCACACUUAAAUGAUCAUAACAUAGAGAAAUUUAUAUCAAGUGGACAGCACUUUAUUAUGUUUUAUGCACCUUGGUGUGGGGCCUCACAGAAAUUGGCACCUAUUUGGGCUGAAUUAGCUGUGCAAUAUGCACAGAAUGAAUACAUUCAAAUUGGCCAGGUUAAUUGUAUGUUAAGUGAAAUGACAUGCAAAAAUUUUGAUAUUAAGCAAUAUCCUUACUUAUUGUGGAUAGUGAAUGGAAGAAUUAUGGGGGUAGCAGUAGAAAUGUACACUUUAGAUGAACUUAAAGAGUAUGUUCAAAAAAUGUUGUUAGCUGAGAAUCAUGAUCCUGAGAAAUUUAUGAAGAAAAAGAAAGUGUUGCCUGUAGCUAGAAUUACUGAGGAAACAUUUGAAACAUUUCUGCAGAAGGAUCUGGUGUUUGUAAAUUAUUUUGCACCUUGGUGUGCACAUUGUAUGCAGUUAAAUCCCCUUUGGUUGAAAUUAGGAGAGAAAUUUCAAAAUGAAUCUAGAGUACUGAUUGCAGAUGUAGACUGUGUCAGAUCAAAAACAGUUUGUGAAAUGGAAAAGAUAAAUGGAUUACCAACACUUAUAUUGUACAAAAAUAAAGAAAUUGUGAGUUUGGAAAAUGGUGGACAACCAUUUGAAAGCCUUGUAACACUUGUAAAUGAACAUUUAGAUGAUAAAUCUUUAGAUGUCAAAGAAGAUGAAAAAAACUUGCAAAGUGAAGCUGGACCAUUGAAAAAAGAUGUCACUGACAAAACCAAACCAGAUAUAAAAGAUAGGACUUCUGAGAAUGAUAUAAGUGGUUCAGAUGAAAUUAUCAUACAAAAUGAAUUGACUGAUGAAGAUAAAAUUAUAGUAAAAGAUAAAAAUACCAAAGAUGAACUAUAAGCACAUUAAUAUAAGCAGAAAAUAAAAUCAUAUUUAUUAACCAUGUUAGUAUUUCAGUAUUUAAAUAACCUAAAAAAAUAAAUUGAUACAGUAUUUAGACUGUGCUUGAUAACAGACAAAAACAAAAUAAGGUUUAGGGAGAUUCAAUUAAAAAGAAGGCGUUUCAUACUAGACUACA